UGUGUAGUGUGAGUAACGCUUCACACAUCAACUGCAUUUGUGAUGUGAAGUUGAAAGGGAAAGUAAAGAAAAUAUUUUCAAAUCAUAUUUUCCCCCCAAUAUUAUAACGAUUACGGCAACAACUGCUCUGUGAAAUUGUUGUAAUGUUUGAGGAGUAUCAAGCGUCACUCAAUGGCUGAGAUCUUUUUUGUUUAACAAACAGAACCUCCCUACAUUUUCUUCACCCACACAGUGAUCCUGUUGCUGACUGACUGAUCCUCCUCUUGAUUUCUGAAGAAGUCUCAGACUUGUCUUCAACAUGUCAGGACCAGGUUAUCCAUCCCCAAACCAGCCUCCAUAUCCCAUGACCCAUUUAGGCGGACAGUCCAUGCCCCCCUAUCCCAUGGGAGGUUACGGAGAACCUGGGCAUGCUGCCCCACCAGUAGGGUUCCAAGUGGGGUACCAGCCAGUUCCAGAUCAGCCAGUCAUGUACCAGCCUUGUCCAACUUCUCCAGCAUCUCACCAGGGCCAGCCAUAUGGAGCUCCUGCUCCUGCACCAAUGUCAGUGCCUGCUGGAGUACCACCUGGUCUGGAGUACCUCACUCAGAUUGACCAGAUCCUCAUUCACCAGAAAGUGGAGUUGAUAGAGGCAAUUAUUGGCUUUGAGACCAACAACCAGUAUGAGGUCAAAAAUAGCCUCGGCCAAAAGAUCUACUCUGCCAAAGAAAAGAAUGACUGCUGCACACGCAACUGCUGUGGUGCACUGCGCAGCUUUGACAUGAAGAUCAAAGACAACACAGACCGAGAGGUCAUACGGCUGAUCCGACCUUACCGUUGUGUCUCCUGUUGGUGCCCCUGCUGUCUGCAAGAGAUUGAGAUACAGGCACCCCCAGGAACAACCAUAGGGUAUGUGAAACAGGACUGGCACCCCUGUUAUCCAAAAUUCUCCAUCCAGGGAGCCAACAAAGAGACAAUGAUGAAGCUUGAGGGGCCCUGCAUGGCGUGUAACUGUUGUGGUGAUGUGAAUUUUGAGCUCAAAGGUAAGGGUGGUGGGAAGUCUAUUGGUCGAAUCAGUAAGCAGUGGAGCGGCCUGUUGAAAGAAGUCUUCACCGACACUGACAACUUUGGCAUACAGUUCCCUCUGGACUUGGAUGUUAAGAUGAAGGCUGUACUUAUGGGCGCUUGCUUCCUCAUUGAUUUCAUUUUCUUUGAAAAAGUUGGAGCCUCUAACCAGCGGAACACUGUGUUCUCUUAGGGUGUGAGGAUGUUACUGUUACUUGCUAAAUAAAUUUUGUGAACCCAUCAAAAUCUUGAUAAAAUUCUAAUUCUACAUUCUAACUUUCAGUUGAUGAAUCGGAUGAAUCUGAUGUCCAUUAAUUCAAUUUUAUUCUGUAACUAAAGCCUGUUAUCAGCUCUCACUGGAGUGAAACCAAAGGACAUGUUCAUGGUCAUUUUUAUAGUGUUCAUUUGCAGCGCAAUGUUUACAAUGGCAGAUAGGUUAUCUUGACUGCCUUCUCAUUGUGUGUCUUUUAAACCAUCAUAGCCUGAAAUAAUAACAAAUAAUUGUUACAAGCAUCUAACAUUUAAAUGUCUUUAUUUCAAUAAAGAGCUUUUUAUUUUACUUUAUGUUUGAAAUGAACUGCUUGCAGUAACAUGCAACCUUUGAAUAUGUCAUGUUGUGCAGAAAGCUUAUUUUUCAGCAUGUCUUUAGAAAGGAAAUACACAUAUCACUCAACCAUCAUCUGAGGGAAACCACAGACUAGUUGCAUGGUUUUGCUGUGUGCAUUGACCAGUAACUUAAAACAAUCUAAGCAUUAUUUCCAAUGAGUGAAAAUAGGGUGUCCAACAUUGAAUCUUUUUUUAAACUUCAGAAUGGUCUAUAAAAGUUUGUCAAUGAAGUUAAUAAAUAACAAACAAAAGAAAAUUCCCUCAAAUACACUCUUGUUAAAUGAUUGAAUAAAAAGCCUUAUGCAGCAUCCGAAAACAACUGGGUUUUUCUGUUUUUAACUGAAGAAAGACAAAUACCAGAUGAAUGUUUUUAUCUCAACUGGCUUCAGACUGUCUUUGGUAGUGUACCACAGCAGUGGGCAAGAUUUAAUAAUAACCACUAAACAAACAAACCUGCCAUAAAUAUGGUUUAAAUGGGAGAAAUAAAUCUGUUUAAAGUAACUUUGCAUGGUCACAUGCUCAUUUGCUAGCCAACUCCCUUUUGUGGAUUUUUUUCAUUCAAUUUCAUAAAUUAUUCAUACCAAAAAUAUGUAGUGAUGGAAUUUUAGGAUUUUUACUUCAGAAUGUAAGCAUCCAGACUUUGUAAAUGAAUUAUUACUGUUAGACUAGUUACUAGGUUAAUAUGAAUUAAUAAAUGUAUGUACCAACUGCUUUGAUAUUACAGUUUCUGUAUGUGUGUUUAUAUACAGUAUAUUAAUGUUCUUGUAUUUGUCUUAGCAUUUUUUUCUAUAAUAUAGCCUGAAUAGUUCACAUUGGGGCCAGUUGCCAUCUCACUAACUGUAUGGCUUUGAGUCAAAAGUCCAAAAAAUAUUUUCAGUGGAUUUGGAUGUUCGUUUGACACACCUAGUUCAGAACACCCCUUAAUUGUGAUCUUUUUUUAAUGAAUUGAUUAGUAAGGUAGUUGUCACUCAUCAGCUAUUACAAAAACAUGAUAUUGAAGUUUUAGUUUGGAUGAAAGUGUAGUGGGUUUUCAACUAGGAUAGAAAAAGGUUUUGAAAUUCAUACUUUUGGCUCAAAACCUUAAAUAGAGAUGUAGUCCUGGUGAUAACAUGUGAGACAUCUUCUGGACUAUAUAUAUUUACACCUGUGUUCUUGUAUGUGUUUUAAAUGUUUCUUCUGUAAUAUGCUAUAUCAGCGUAACAUUAUAAAUAAAGACCUAGCCUGUGAGCAAGCCAUAAGG